AGGGAGCCUUCACUCACAUUCUUCGAUUUCUGGGAAAAAAGCCGCCUCCACAACGUCUCCGCUUUAUCAAAGCAAAGCUUGUCGUUGCCGGUUUUCAACUGUACGUCUCAUAAGCGCUUCGCCUACAAGAAGCAACAAGUGAUAGUCUAAGAGAAUUCAGCACUUUUUCUUGUAACUUCUUUCUGGCACGAUGGCCACCCUUGAAAAGCUGCUGCAAUCUAGCUCGCUGAGCGCGCAGUGCAAGUCAGACCUGCGUAGCCACGUGUCGGCGGUGAACGAGGAGUCGAAGCGGCUGCCGAAGCAGCCGCCAACGGAAGCGGACGCCGACCUGCCGAGCGCGACACAGAUGCCCACAGACAAUUCUUUUAAACGGCGACUCAAUGAUGCGGACAUGGAAGCCAGUAAGGAGCGCAGCACGCGCUACGUCUCACGCAAGCAGGACAACGAGGAGAUGGUGGCAACCCUCUCCGCCAUGAGUGCCAACCCAAGCGGUUCGUACUACAAGAAGUGCUCCACCCGUUUUGUGUGCGAUGACGGCACGCGUCGGGAUCCGUUCCAGGCAUCGCGCAGCCGCGGCGAAUUGUCCGGCAAAGACAACGACUUCGUGCACCGCUACGCAGAGGCUCUCACCAAGUCCUCGAUCGAGCGGCCUGCACCGUCUGACGACGCCUCCGUCACUGCCACCGAGGCGUACAAGGCGGCCUUCCGCGAGUACACGGGCAGGGAGCCGUCCGCGAAGGACUUGGCGGAGGUCGACCGUCUGACGUUUGCCUUCGACGAGAACGGCGGCGUGGGCGUCACUCAGAAGCCACACAGCUGUUACCCGCACAUGCACAUCUCCUCCACCAAGACGCCCACGACCCGCUGCACCAACCAGGUGUACCAGCCAGAAGCGCCUGCGGUGCGCGCGGCCCGCAGCCAGUUCCCCGGCCCGAUCCCUACGUGGUCCACCACCAAGCGCUCCCCUGCUGUGGCCACCAAUGGCACCUACCAGGCUGACCAUCAAGUGCCCAUGAGCAUUAAGCGUGCUGCCCUGGAUACCAUGGUCGGCUCCAAGUAA